UAUAUAGGGGUAAAGAAAGAUACCUCUAAAAGCAACAUUCUCCAAGGAAGAAAUCAAAGUGCGAUGUACAGCAAUGGGGUCAUUUAAGAGUUCUGUUUUCAUCUUGGUCCUUCAUCUCCUGGAAGGGACCCUGAGCGAUUCACUCAUUCAGCUGAAUAAUAAUGGUUAUGAAGGCAUUGUCAUAGCAAUUGACCCUAAUGUGCCAGAAGAUGAAACAAUCAUUCAACAAAUAAAGGACAUGGUGACCCAGGCAUCUCCAUAUCUGUUUGAAGCUACAGAAAAAAGAUUCUAUUUCAAAAAUGUUGCCAUUUUGAUUCCUGAAAAAUGGAAGACAAAACCUGAGUAUGUGAGACCAAAACUCGAGACCUACAAAAAUGCUGAUGUUCUAGUUGCUGAGCAGAAUCCCCUAGGUAAUGAUGAACCGUACACGGAGCAGAUGGGACGCUGUGGAGAAAAGGGUGAAAGGAUUCAUUUCACUCUUGACUUCCUAGCAGGAAAAAAGUUUUCUCAAUAUGGGCCACAAGAAAGGGUCUUUGUCCAUGAAUGGGCUCAUCUACGAUGGGGAGUAUAUGAUGAGUACAAUAAUGACCAGAAAUUUUAUUUAUCCAAUGGAAAAAAAGAAGCAGUAAGAUGUUCAGCAGGUAUUAGUGGUAAAAAUGUAAUAAAGAAGUGUCAGGGGGGCAGCUGUAUCACCAAAUCAUGCAAACUCGACAAAGUAACAGGGCUCUAUGAAGAAGGAUGUGAGUUCAUACCUUAUGACAGGCAGACUGAGCCGGCUUCCAUAAUGUUUUCGCAAAGUAUUGAUUCUGUGGUUAAAUUCUGUACAGAAAAAAACCACAAUAAAGAUGCCCCAAACCCACAAAACCGAAGAUGCAAUCUCCGAAGCACAUGGGAAGUGAUUCAAGAUUCUGAGGAUUUUAAGAAAACCACUCCUAUGACAACACAGCCACUGACACCCACAUUCUCAUUGCUGCAGAUCGGACAAAGAAUUGUGUGUUUAGUUCUUGAUAAAUCUGGAAGCAUGGCGACUGGUGACCGCCUUAAACGACUGAAUCAAGCCGGCAAACUUUUCCUUCUGCAGAUAGUUGAGCAAGGGUCCUGGGUUGGAAUGGUGACAUUUGACAGUGCUGCCCAGGUACAAAGUGAACUCAUACAGAUAAACAGUGGCACAGAAAGGGAUGCACUCACCAAAAGCUUACCUACAGUGGCCACAGGAGGAACGUCCAUCUGCUCCGGGCUUCGAUCAGCAUUUGCUGUUAUUAUGAAGAAAUACCCAACAGAUGGAGCUGAGAUAGUGCUAUUGACUGAUGGAGAGGACAACACUAUAAGCUCAUGCUUUAAUGAAGUGAAACAAAGUGGAGCUGUCAUCCACACAGUCGCCCUCGGACCCUCUGCAGCAAAAGAACUAGAGGAGCUAUCUAAAAUGACAGGCGGUUUACAGACAUAUGCUUCAGAUCAGGCUCAGAACAAUGGCCUCAUUGAUGCUUUUGGGGCCCUUUCAUCUGGGAAUGGAGUUGACUCCCAGCGUGCUAUCCAGCUUGAAAGUAAAGGAGUAACCCUCCAGAACAAUCAGUGGAUGAACGGCACAGUGCUUGUGGACAGCACUGUGGGAAAUGACACUUUAUUUCUCAUCACUUGGACAACACAGCCUCCCCAGAUCCUUCUCCGGGAUCCUAGUGGAAAUAAACAAGAUGGCUUUGUAAUGGACACAAACACCAAAAUGGCCUACCUCCAAAUCCCAGGCACUGCCAAGGUUGGCAUGUGGAGUUACAGUCUGCAAGCAAGCUCACAAACCCUGACUCUGACUGUCACCUCCCGUGCAUCAAGUGCUACUUUGCCUCCAAUUACAGUAACCUCUAAAAUGAACAAAGACACGGGCAAAUUCCCUAGCCCAAUGGCAGUUUAUGCAAAAGUUCAUCAAGGAGCCACGCCAAUCCUCAGGGCCACUGUCACAGCUGUAAUAGAAUCAGUGAAUGGUAAUACAGUUAACUUGGAAUUACUGGACAAUGGAGCAGGUGCUGAUGCUACUAAGGAUGAUGGUAUCUAUUCAAGGUAUUUUACGGCUUAUGAUACAAAUGGUAGAUACAGUGUGAAAGUGUGGGCUCUGGGAGGAAUAAAUGCAGCUGGACAGAAGGUAACACCCAGGCAGAAUGGAGCCAUGUACAUACCUGGCUGGAUUGAGAAUGGUGAAGUAAAAUGGAAUCCACCGAGACCCGAAAUUAAUAAGAAUGAUCUUCAAGGCAAGCAAGUGUGUUUCAGUAGAACAUCCUCGGGCGGUUCAUUUGUGGCCUCUGGCGUCCCACUAGCUCCUAUACCUGAUCUCUUCCCACCCUGUCAAAUCACUGACCUUCAGGCAAAAAUCCACGGGGACAACUUUAUUAAUCUGACUUGGACAGCUCCUGGGGAUGAUUAUGAUCAUGGAAGAGCUCACAAGUACAUCAUUAAAAUAAGUGCAAAUAUUCUUGAUCUCAGAGACAAAUUCAAUGAUUCACUUCAAGUGAACACAUCGGAUCUCAUCCCGAAGGAGGCCAACUCUAAGGAAAUCUUUGUUUUUACACCAGAAGACAUCACUUUUGAAAAUGGCACAGAUCUCUUCAUUGCUGUUCAGGCUGUUGAUAAGUCCAACCUAAAGUCAGAAAUCUCUAAUAUUGCACGAGUGUCUUUGUUUAUUCCCCCAGAGACUCCUCCAGAGAUACCAACUCCUUCUCCUCCUUGUCCUGAUAUUAGUGUCAAUAGCACCAUUCCUGGCCUUCACGUUUUAAAAAUUAUGUGGAAGUGGCUAGGGGAAUUGCAGCUGACACUAGGCUAGGGCUGAGUUUUCACGAGAUGAAUAAAUCAUCCAUCCUUCUUUUGAUUAUAAAAUUUUCCAAAAUGUAUUUUAAACUUUUCUGUAGAGGGCGAUGUAAUGAAAUAAAAUAUUAAACAACUGGCUACAGAUGUAUAAAGAUUAUCCAUUUAAAUUCAAAAGUUUGAUCAUUGUACAGGCAUUUACUAAUGAUUUUAAAGAAGAGGUGCUUGGAUCAAUAAAUGAAAGUAUAUUUUAAUUCAUUUUAAGGAGCUUUGCCAAUUAAAAAGAACAUGUAAUUGCAUAUGAAAAAGGCCAGAAAUGUUCAAUGAGGUCAAACUAUUUAAAUAUAAAAGACAUGGCUUGUUAUUUGAAUCAAAACUACCAAGAAUAUACAUUCUCUUCUCUAAAUUUGCAGGGAUUAUGCAUUUCAGGAAGAGAUUGCAUUACAGAAAGAAAUAGUAGCAUGAUGAAGUCUCCUUAGGCAUAGAAAUGUAUGUUAUGUGCAUGAAAUUACAAGUAGUGAUGCUUAUAGUCACAGUGGUAGGAGAUGAGAUGAGAAAGGUAGGUUCGAGCCAGAUGUGGAAGGGAGGUGAUUGAGAAAUAAACUUAUUUUGCAUA